AUGAACGGAUACAAUAACAACAACAUGAACGACAAUCCUCAAGGGUUUUACCAACCAUCGCAACAAUUUGCGUUCCCUCAGGGGUCCAUGUCUUCUACAAUGCCUAACACAGGCAGUAAUCCCGACUCCAUGGGACUAGGGGUAGCACCUGAUCCUCUACCUAUGGGGAUCUUGAAUGCAUUGUCUACAAAGGGUUACGCUCAUGAGCCACCUUUAUUAGAGGAACUAGGAAUCCAUUUUGAUCAUAUUCUAGCCAAGACAAAGAUUGUCUUACUGCCUGUACGCCGUACAUCACAAGGUUCUAUGUCUCAGGAGUUGUUACAAGAUGCAGACUUAUCUGGUCCAUUGCUAUUCUUUAUGUUGUUUGGGCUGUUUUUACUGUUGGCUGGUAAAGUUCAUUUCGGUUAUAUUUAUGGUGUGGCUCUGUUCGGGACAGUGUCAUUACAUAGCUUAUCGAAGCUGAUGUUUAACCAAUCUACGUCUGCACAACAAGUUUCUUUGCAUUUCUUUAACACAGCAUCCAUCCUAGGUUAUUGUUUUUUACCAUUGUGUUUGUUAACAGCAGUAGGGAUAGUCAUGAAUCUUGAUAACACUCCAGGUUAUGCCAUGGGUGCUUUCGCAGUCCUGUGGGCUACUUGGUCUGCAUCUGGGUUCUUGAACUCCUUACUACAAUUACAGAAUGCAAGAGCACUUAUUGCAUAUCCUUUGCUAAUCUUUUAUAGUGUGUUUGCUCUGAUGGCUAUCUUUGUUUAA